CAGACGCGCGUUUUUCAGCUUGUUACUACGCUAUCGUGCAAGUAGCGAUGAACAAAGGUACGGAAAAUUCGCAAGGUAUUUUCUGGGCCAAAACUGCUGAAGACUUUUACAUCAGAAAGGAAGUCUCAUCUGCGCUGUCGACCCUUAUUAACGGUGAAGGUUUUUAUGAAAUAGCUCAGGAACUUCGUUUUGCAUUGCUCUUGGCCAUGGAAAACUUGAUAAGACAGGAACUGAAAGUUUUACAGCUGCCAUCUUCACUGACGGCCAAAGAAAGAGCUUUCACUCACGUAAUAGCUAGGUUGGUUGGACUGCAUUCUGAAUCAAAGAGGGUUAAUGGUGAAAGAGUUCUAACCAUUAGGCGAGAAUGUUCACCAGUGGCUCAAACAACAUUCUUGAAUUCAACGACGGAGUUCUGUUUGACUUGGAAUAGCAGAAAUACAGUAAUUCAGCUACUACAAACCAAUCCACUAACACCAAAAGAAAGACUCCAGUUGUAUCCAAGGGUUGAAGGAGUUUCAGGACUUGAUAAAGGAACUAGAGAAGAACGACAAAGAAGCACAACUGGACGACUUAUGGGCGCUGUUCCUCAAAUUCCACCAUCUUCUUCUGUCCAAAUGAAUAGAGAGUUAGGAGAUUCUACGAAACAGAUGAUCAAAAAUUACCGUCCACAGAUUAUUCACUACCUAAACUCCAGUCAAGUUAUAAUAAUCUCAGGACCUCCUGGUUGCGGAAAACCACUUUUUACCACAGAUUUUGUUGAAUGAAUGUCAUGCUAAUGGUCAGCGCUGUCGUUUUAUAUGUACCCAGCCUCGUCGUCUCUAUGCUCACAUCAAUGCUGAACGCCUAGCAAAUUUACGGGGCGAAAAUGUUGGCCAAACAGUUGGUUAUCAAAUUCGACUUGAGUCAAAGUAUUUCUAAUGUUCUAAACUCC